AUGGUUAACUGUCAGGAUAUUAGAGAAAAUCUAUUCUGUCGUGUGUUUCCGAAAUAUAUUCGUUCCGAUGAAUUGAGAAGCAUCAGGUGUCGUGCCGUCGAAAGGAAAAGACGUCGAUCUGGACCGCUGGAAGACAAAGGACCGUCGAAAAAGCCACGACAUGACGGUGGUAAAGCAGACGGAACCAGUUUGGUCUCUGAGGUUGAAAACAAUAGUGAAAUCAAGAAGAAAAGGUGCAGAAAACGCACCAAGGGUCUGCGAGUACUUAUUAAGAACAAGAUUGAAGUGGCACUACGGACACCAUCUUCGCCGUUAGCUCAUUUGUUCGUCACACGGGAUGAUGAUGGUACUCCUCAAGCGGCGUAUGUUGACGUUAUCAAGGCGAUCGGUCUAACUGAUGAGGACUGGCUAAAGGCUGCAUCAUUGUCUCCAGGAGCUGUUGAAAGUAUAUCGAACAUAACUGAUAUGUUUCGAAUAGAGAAGAAUCCGGAGAGGAAGCUCAUGUUGAAGUACAAACCGGUAGAGUGGAACAAGGAUGAGUGUACGGUCUAUCUGGAUAAUCUUCCGGCAGGUUGCACAUCUGAGAAAAUAUUUAGAAUCGCUAAAAAAUUCGGAUCGGUUGUUGAAGUUCGGUUGCCUCGUUCUCCAUCCAGGAAAAUUUUUUCUCCUUAUGGAUUAUUAGAAGUAGGGAAGCACCCGCGAUCUUUCGCCUUUGUAUUGUUUACGGAACCGGCUGCGUGUGAAAAGGAAAAACCUCGAAGUAACCACGAUGGUGGGGAGCAUAACACUCACAUUGGAUGUGGUAGUGAUGGUCGGCGUCCGAGUAUUGGCAAAAGGAAAAAGAUGAAAGAACACUGUAAUAAAUUACUAAAUGCGACUACAGACAAAAAGAAACGGAAACGUCGGAGAAGGCGAAAAGCUGAAGUGGGUUCCCAUGCUGUUGUCGGUUCCGUUUCUGAGUACUUUGCAAAGAUACAAGUACUUCCUCUUGUUCGUUAUCUGGAACUUAGACGAGAAUACAUAGCAUUACGUCGCGAAUCCGAUCGCUGUACGAAAGAAUUGACUAGACAGGACGGUCACUUCGGUGGUUUCUCUUCGUCUAUGAAUAAUGUUAAAUAUAUUGUCGUUAUUGAUCGAUUUUUCGGACGAUUAAGCCUGGAAUAUUUUUAUUUUGAUUCGUUUAUUGUUAUCUUUAAGCUCUCACGUCAACUUGAGUUAUAUCGCGAUAACUCCUGGGAGAUACAUAACGCUGAACAAGAGGAGUAA